GAAGAGGGACGAUACUUUCUGCUGGUCAGCUAUGGAGACCCCUGGUCACAGAGGACGCUGAUUGCUCAUGGAUUGGCGGGAUUGCAAGGCCGAGUUGGCGUGAUUGCGACUGAUGGAUCAACAAACCGAGAUCCGUUCAACCACGUCAGACUUAAGAGUGGAACUGUUUAUCUGCACGAACUGUACUCGGCAACUGAUCCUCGAUCAACAGGACGAGUGACCAUUCCUGCACUGUGGGACUCAAAGACUGGGAGGAUUAUCAACAAUGAGAGUGGAGAAAUUGUUAGGAUUUUACACCAGAAUUUCAGAAGUUUGGGAGUGAACGGCAUCGACUUGUAUCCCGACGAUCUACAAGAAGAGAUUGAGAGAAUAAGGCAGAUCGUCUACAAGAUCAAUGCUGGUGUCUACAAGUGCGGAUACGCUGCGCGGGAGGAGGCUUACCGAGCUGCUUUGAUUGAGACUUUCCGUGCGAUGGAUGCCUGUGAAUCGGUGUUGAAAGGCCGUCAGUUUCUAGCUGGCGAUAGAAUAACGGAGUUGGACGUCAUGGCCUUUCCAACUUUGAUAAGGUUUGACGUCAGCUACUAUCCUGCAUUUCGAUGUCACAUACGGAGAAUGAGAAACUAUCCGAAUCUG